CAGACCAAAGGUAUGAUAGAAGAACUGAUAUGGGAGGACCAGGAUCUGGGAAUUUUAGGUUUUGGAAAGUGGUGGAGCUUUCAGUUUCGGUAGGGCACAGAGGAGGGACAUGGUUGGUGAGCAGGAGACAUCAUGACUAAAUAUUUUGAUAGGAGUGAUUCAGCUGGAGGGCAUGAGGAUAUGUCUGAGGGAUUUUUGUUGGGGGUUUUUUUGUACAAAUAUAAUCUGGUUUUCAAAAUAGUAACCUUUUAAUAGAGCGAAAGUGUGAAGAUUACUUACUCAAUAUACAAAUAAUUUUCUUGGUGGUGAGGAGAAAUUAUGCAAACAACUAUUUACUUCCCUGAAAGUGAAAGUAAUGCCCGUGUCUCAGGCACGUCUCUGUAAUGACUGGGCUGAAGAGUCAUUCAGCUGCAGAGCUGAGGCUUUUGUGUUUUUAAGACAUUAUACAAAUUCCAUUCUCCAGCAGCAUAAGUUGAGUCCCAAGAUGUUAUGUCCCAGGUGUAGAUGAGAACCUGAACUCUGAGAGGAGAUUUGGGCAGAGCUUCAAUACUUUCGACCAAAAUUAUUAUUCAGAAAACUUCUGCUCCAAAGUCAUUGAAUCCUGGACUUGGCCAAAUUUACCACUCACUGACCUGUGUGACUGGAGUUCUCCUCACCUUUGUUUGAGCAGCUUUCUGCCUCUUUGCCACCCAGCCCUGCUGAGCCUCAGGAAUGUUCCCUGUUCCCAGUGCCAGCGAUCACUGCCAGCGGCUCUAGUGGGGCCCACUGGGAGACAGAACAUGGCCACAGGCAGCUGCUCCUGGGUUCUCUGAUGGCAAUGGGGAUCAAAACAUCAGUCCCAAAUACAUUGGUGCAUCUGUGGUUCCAUUUUCAGUCAUCCAGAAUCUCUGAGCAUAAAGCUGGCGGAUCAAAGAGACUGUGUUGUGCCCUGAAAUUACUAUUGCAGAGGCUAAAACAGCUCCUGGUGUUCAUUAAGCUGGUGACAAGGCAAGGCAUAAUGUCAGUAAAAGGAGACAAACCCAUUUGGAAGCUUUAGUUUCUCUUACUGAAAUGAGGAACCCAUUUCUGCCCGAGUUCUGGUGCUUAACUUGGGAGACCUUCAACAUUAUACUUGGUGAUAAUCUUUCACAUUUCACUGUGUGGCCGUUUAACCUGAGGAACACCAGGAGCCACAGCACCAGGACACAGGGAAGCACCACGCUGGCAGCACUGCCUGAAGAGAGCUGGAUGUUAAAGACUGCUCGUCCCCUACUCACUGAAAGUGUAGGGUGAGUGUUCCUCCAGGUACACAGUCAUUGGAUGACCAACAAACAAAUUCAAAAAAAUAGGAGAUGCAGUGAGAGGAUAUGUUCACAUUGAUAUCUUUAUUUAGAUUUGUGAUGGGAGACAAAAUGUCCUAAAUUAGUCCAGAUAUUCAGUCCGUGAAUUGGAAGUGGCAGCAGAGUAGCAGAAAGUUGUGUUCUGUGAUGCUCAACAGAGACUGACCAGGGAAAUGGUCCGUAUUUCAGUGUAUUAGUGCUGUCUGUGUUUCCAUGUCUGUAUUUCGAUGUGCAAGUAUUGAGCUGGACUUGCAGCUCAAAAUCAAUGAAAACUGACUAAAAAUACUCUGAAGAUGCUGAAGAAUGUGCCACAGGAAUUGUCUUUUUUGGUAGGGGAAGAGAGAGAGUUGCUAGAAAAGGAGCUGUAAGCUCAUACCCCCACCCUCUGGCACUGUUUCCCUUAUGGAAAGGGCAGAGGAAGGAAAUUUCACUCUCACAGAAGGUUUGGAAAUGUGAUGUAAUUCACACAGACACUGAAAGCUGUGCAGGCCUAGGCAAGACUGGCCUAACUGUAGUGCUUAGCAAGGAGUCCUUAAAAUCAAUUUAAGUAGUAAAAAGACUCAUAAAGAUAAAGCAGAGCCAUAAAAUUGCCUGAGAGGACCCCUGUCUCUGUCCAGGAACCAUGGUAAGCAGGUCAACCUGCAGUGGUGGUGGAUAGACUGAGAUGCACUGGCCCAAGUGUGACUUUGAAUGUGCAGCAAACACAUGAGCAGGUGAAAGAGGUGUCAGGGGCAGGUGAAGGAAGUUGUCAGGGGCAGGUGAAGGAGGUGUCAGGGGCAGGGAGAGACCAGCAGGGCAGCAGCAGAGACUCCGAGGGCAGCAGGAAAGACAAGCCUGGGAGUUUUGCUGGAAUUGUUUCAGCAGUGCUCUGUGUUUUUCACACUGAAGUUUUAAAUGUUCAGAAUUGAAGUUACUUUUAUACUUCAAUAUUCUGUUCUACAUGCCAGUCCAUAAAUUUGAGGGUUUUUGAAAACCAGUAUUCAAAUCUCUUCUGUUACCUGUCCUUGGUUAGAAAUUGCCCUCAGCCAGUGCUCUGUUACUGAAAUUGGAGUUCCCUCCUCAGGCCAUGCUUUCCCUAAAGGAUGCCUUUGCUGCUGCAGCCGUGGCUGAGGAUCCCAGCAGUGAGUCAGGAGGUGUCAGCAAUUGCUUCUGCUUGAGCCAAUGUGCAGCCAGGCACACAAAAUCUGGCUAUUGACUGUCUCCUGCCUUUGUCCCUGCCUCACUUCCUCGCCCCUGGUUGUGAUAUGCACACAGUGGAAUUUUGGAAAGGGUGACUGAUGAGGGAAUUUUGUUAUUUCUGCACGUCUGAGUUUGGCCGGGCUGACCCUGAGCAGACAGGAAGGGGUGGGUUUACAGGCACGGCACUGUAAAUUUAGCACUCUCCUUAACUUUCAUUUCUGCCCUCAGAUGUUAACAUAGGGAAAUUUUCCACCCUGCCCUGCCAUCAUUUGACGUGCAGCCUUCCACUGAGGAGCAGGAGGUGGCAAAUGAAACGUUCCCUCAACCCUCACUGGGGGGGUCCCUUCCCACCCUCAACUGCUGCUUUUAAUGCCCCUUCAAUCUGCAGAAACUAAAAAGGAGUCCAGACUGGGAUUCUACUUGUAUUUGCAUAUUUUCAAGCACGUAGGCCUGGGCCUUUUAUUUUGCUUUUGAUAGAGUUUUUAUCCCCACUGAAUGAAAGAAAACUUCAAAAUAAUGAAGAAGCCAGUGAAGAAGAGACUACAGUUCGUGGUGAAUAUGAUAAAACCUUAAAGGAAUAGUAAGCAAUCAGAACACACCCAAAAAAACAGAGUUGACAUCUUGCAAAGUCUGGGGGAAGACUCAAACCAAAUGAAUGUUCUUUGGGAAAUGAAAAAUCAAACCAGUAUAAAAGAAGAAGAUUGACAGUAGGCAGUGAGAGGAGAUAUUUGGGAGCAGCUUUUUAGACAGUAGUAAUUAUUAUCACUAAUUGUAUCUUUCUUUGCCAGAAACCACACAAAGCUUCCAGUAAAACCAGUGGAUCUGUGGGGGUUCCAGAGAAUAAAGGCAGGGAGAAUUGGUGAGAAGCUCUCUUGUAUCAUUGCCUUAAUCUUCAUUUUAAGACACGCAGUCCCUGGGAGUUGGUUUACACAGCCCAAUUUCUUUUGUAUGUUUAAGAGUGGAAUGUCAUAAGGAAGGAAAGUGUCCUUAAAAUUAUUUUUAUUUUGUUUUUAAUGUUCUAAAUUAAAUGUAACAAGUUGAUAACACUGAAGUCUUGCAUUUUUAUAGGAGUUACCAGUUUCACUUUACAUGACUCCAUUAGACAUUUAAAGGUGUGAUUUGUAUAUGCAGUUGUCACUGUUUCUGUCCCCAUCCUUUAGUACAGAACAUUUUCAGCAUGCUCAGGAGAGCUUUAAGGACAGUGACUGAAAUGUACCUCCUUGAGAUUUGCGAGCACUGAAAAAUAAGACCAACAGAAGUGGGUCACCUAUACCUUUUCAAAAUUUCCUAUCACACAACUGCUGGAUGCCUCACAGCCCAUGUAUCACAGGCUUUCUCAGCAAUUUCUGGAGCUUUUAAUUUUUAGUGUAGGAAUUAGGAGGCUAGAAAUGUGUUUUUUGCAGAUGACAUUUUCGGAUGAGCAGUGCAGUGUUACUGGCAAACUGAGACUUGCAGGUACGAUCCCAGGGUGAUCUGGCACCCAGGCUGUGCCACAAACCCUCACCAUUGCCAUUAUUUAUGUAUUUAUUUACCUCUGAGUUGAAAAAGUCCAGAGAGGCUUUCCUGUGGCUCAGUGCCUGUCAUGCCAGGCAUUGGAGACAGCACAAAGAGACAAUACUUGUCUUACAAAAACUUUUUCGGUAUGAAAUACACACUAAAGUAAAUACACACUAAAGUGUUGCCAGGGAAAUGUCUCUCCAACAGUUCAGUGACAGCAAGCUGGGAAAUGUGACUGAAGCCUCAUAGGCAGUAGAGAAGCAGCACUUCAGCCCAGAAAAGGAACAGAAAGUGAGUGAAUGCCAUCCCAAUGAGUUAUUUGUACCACAAAGUGGCCACUUGUGACAGAAGCAGUGAGCAUUUCACAGAACUGGUGAGUGCAUUUCGGGGUGUAAAUGCCUUUUGUGCUCCCGCCCCACUUCCACUGGUUCUCUGAUUCCUCAGUCCCAGCCCAGGUUACCAGGGAGCUGUUCUGCCCCAGUCCUGCUCCUCACACUGCCCUGUAAUUGUGUUCUGCUGCUCCAGAAUACCUUGUUGCAGCUGAUCUUGCUGCUGGGGCAGGGAGAUGGACCGGUGCCAUGAGGGGGUCCUUCCCAGUGCUUUUUUAAUGAUUGUAUGCUGCUGCUGGUUUAAGGACCAAAUUUCCUGUCCAGCCAGUGAUCAAGUGGUAAAGCAGGAAGCAGAGUAUGUUUCCUCAGGAAAGGAAAUACAUAAAGGCAGAGCCAUCAGUUUGUAGAUGGAAAUGGAACUUACUUCACCCUUAGCAUGGAAAGGGCAAGGGAAGCCCCAACAAAUCUGAUGUGCCAAGUGUUUACAGAGGCCCCACUAUUUGUACUUAUUGUGGUGUCACAUGCAGAAUUCUGACAAUAGUUAGGUUAGUUAGGAAAAAAGAGUUAGAAAAAAUUCACUGGUAACCUAUGAAAAGUUGGGACAGUUGAACAUUGUCUCUUCAGGGUUCCAUGAAAUUGGGAAAAUCAGCCCUUGUUGUCAGGUUUGCUUUGAAGACUCAAGAUGUCCUGAGCUUAGGGCAGCAACCUUACAAACAGAGCUUGAGCUAAUGCAGAAUCUUGCAGAUAUGAUAUAUAUUAUAGUAUCAGACACAUAAUACAGCUUAGUUGGAAGAAAAUAGCAGAAAGUUGAUUAUUGAGACUGCAGACCAUCACACAUUCAGAAACAAAACAAAAUUUGACUCCAAAUGACAAAAUGGUCAGCAUGCCAUUGAAUAGGUCAAACAGUCUGCUUGGAAAGGGCACCCCUUUCAUCAAAGUUUAAUGCAAGGAAAGCGACUGGUUCUUGCAUUCUGAUAUGGCAGAGGCAGAAGUGGCUGUGCAAAAAUAGAAAAUAUGUGCAGAAUUGAUUUUCUGAAAGAAAAACCUUCCAAGCGGUGUAGAAUAUUUGUAGAAGGAGUGCACAGUGAGCUUGUUUAGUUAAUCUCUGACUCCACCUGAGAAAUGAAUGGUGCUCUCUUGUUCUUACUGUACAGAGGGAGUUUUAUUACUGAUUUCAGUGAUUAAAAAAACAGAUCUUGUUUGAGCAACUGGAGUGAUUAAGCAGUUCCCCGAAUGGCUGUACCUUGGCCAAUCCUUUAAACAGUUCUCCUAAGGAAAGAUGUUUCUUCUCCUCUGGUUAUCCCAAAUCUGAUUUUUCAUAUCCAAUCCCUACAUAGCCUUUCCUGGAUUUCAGCAGUCUCCAAGCCCAGGGAAAUAAGGAAGGUGAAUAUUAAAGGCUUAGAAGCCAUUGGACAGAGUUGAAUUCAAUUAAAUUUCUACUAAGAUAUGUUCUUUCUUACUGUACUAGACAUUAAGAUUCCCCAUGCUCUGUAGAAAAGUGAGGUUAAUAAGAAAGGGGAGGAUGCAAAUAGGAUUUUUAAACUCUGACAAAAUAGCAAAUGCAAAGAAGAAUGUAAAGCCAGAACUUCAUGGCAUGACAUUGAGACACAGCUCACACAUCAUUUCUGCUGCUGAUUAGAUGUCUGGAGUAUUUUAAACAAAGGGAUGUGGCCGCUAAUUCUGAUGAGAGAAAAGGCAUCAAAUUAAAGAAAAAAUCCAGUUGUGAAAAUCCACGAGAAGUGGAUGCAAAGCAGCACAGGCUUGAUACAGCCAAGAAGAUGAAUGCUCAGAAAACUCAGGUCUAUUUUUCAAGAGGCUGAUGUCUAGCAACCCUGGAUUAUAUACAGGGGAUCUUGUGCAUGAACACGUGUGCACAGCACUUGCUUUGCCUCUAGCAGUGCUUUAUACAAGAACUUUUCAAACACAGAAACUAGACACAGGGAGAAGAAAACACCUUGCCCGAGCUCGUCCAAUACAAGUGUGCCAGGUGAAAAAUGAACGUGCGUUUCCUCAUUUCUCUCUCUGCCUUGGGCCUCAUUUCUGUAAACCUUUGGUCGGUCGGCACCUCUAAAUCUCUCUGGUUAUCACUGUGCCACAUUUGACCUCAUAUUAGUCAGCAGUUAUCAUCUUUAGUUUGUAAACGGAUUCCUUAAAAUAGCCAUACAUAAUAUUAUCCAAGGAACAAAUAAAGCAAGUCAAAAUCCCUGCUGGUGCACUGGCCUGGCACUGCUCUUGUGGGCUGCAGGUGCCUGGCAGCACUUGGCACUGCUGCCAGCCCUGGUCCUGGAGGGCUUGUGCCUUCCAGACUGCAGGAGAAGCCUGGCUUUGUAAUAGGUACGUGUUAUCUAACAUUGAAAAUCAGCUCAACAAUCCUACCCAGCUGUCCUGCUGCUAUUCCCACAUACAGCACAGUGGCUAUGGUUUACACUGCAGGGACUGCAGUUUCCUUUUAGUAUUCCUACUGCUUUGGAAAAGCACCAGGGGACAAAGCUUGCAGGCAGCAACAGGCAGAACAGGCAGCUCUGGAGAGCAAGGAAUUCUGCACAUAUUCUGUUGAGUAAACUUGACCAAAAGUAAGGAGGGAGUAUAGUUUUGUAAAAUGUAAAAUACCUGUCCUUAGUUACAAUCACCUGAUUAAAUGCUUUCCUGGCCCACACUGUAAAGUUCUAUGGCUCUAAAAUUUCUCUUGAAGUUGCUCACUCUCUUCCUGCAGCUGUAGGUAAUGUACAGGCAUGGAGACUGGCCACACAGUGCUCAAGCUGUAAGAAGCCUUUCAGGAUUUAUUUAUUUUAAUUUUAACACUUGUGCAAGGUUGCAAACGGUGUUGAGGUGAUCCCCUGCCGUUCCCAUGGAGCAGGAAUGAGGGCUGUGGCAGCAGGGGAAGGAUGGGAUGCUCCAGCAUCAGGAGCUGGUGGCUGCCCUGCCCUCCUCACACAGGUUAUGUAAUGCUGCUCAGCCACACACCCUCCACUUCUCCAAUACAGGACAUCUUGGGAAUCCCCCUUUUUUUUCAGUCUCCAUGUCCAGCCUUACUCAGCUGUUUUGCAUACAUGGUCUGGAGUAUAAAAUGCUUUUGCCUCCCAGGAGGGAUACAGAGCCUGAGAGAUUAAAGUCAAGAAACUCUGACAGAGAAGAGCCUCUCCUGGCAGGGUUGGGAGCACCUCACAGAGCCCGGAGCAAAGUGUUGGACUCAGUCUCCUGCUCUAUCCCAAGCUGUCUAGCUGCUCUGAAAACUUUGUCCCCCCUUUCUGCUGAUUUAAAGAAGUGUUCCCAUAACACACAGAACAAGGUUUCAGCACUGUGAACUAAGACCACAAGUAAAGCAUAGAAAAUGCUGUGCCCCUGGCAGUUUGUGUUCAAAUCUCGUGCUGCCAAGAGCCAGUACUCUGGAGAGAAGGAUUUCAAUAACAACGUGGAGAAAAAUAGGAAGAUCCGUGGCUUAGAAAAGGAUGAUGCCCAAUUGUAUGAUCCGAGCAAGAAGCAGAUCAAGGUGCUGCCCGUCGUGACUUCGGCAAAGGCCGGGCAGGAGGGAGAGAACUUCCCUCAAAGUGAUAUCAAAGUUUCAAACCAAAUAUCAAGAUGUCCAAGACAUUUAAGAAUAAGAAACUUGGAAAAUGGAUCCAGCUUUCUCGACACACUACACCUGACAGCAAAGGAGGUUAUCAACUGCCGGACCAAAGCCUGCCAAGGGUCACUCAUGACCCCAAAGGGCCAGGUGAGAGGUACCAGAGAUGGGCCAGUUCCACUGGAAGAGCUUUUGCCUCAGGCAAUAGACUUUCUCAAGCAGUACUACAGUUCAUUUAAAGAAUCAAAAAUGGAAGAAUACCCAGGCCGGCUGGAAACAGUGACCAGGGAGAUAGAAACUACAGGAACCUACCAUCUGACAAAGGAUGAGCUGACCUUUGCUGCCAAACAGGCCUGGAGGAAUGCACCCAGGUGCAUUGGGAGAAUCCAGUGGUCCAAUCUACAGGUGUUUGAUGCACGGGACUGUAAAACAGCACAGGAAAUGUUUGAGCAUAUCUGUCGUCAUAUUCAGUAUGCCACAAACAAUGGGAAUAUAAGAUCAGCCAUCACCGUGUUCCCGCAGCGGACGGACGGGCACCACGAUUUCCGGGUGUGGAACAGCCAGCUGGUCCGCUACGCCGGGUACCGCCUGCCCGGGGGGGCCGUGCUGGGAGACCCUGCCAGUGCAGAGUUCACACAGUUGUGCAUCGAGCUUGGGUGGAAGCCGAAAUAUGGCCGCUUUGAUGUACUUCCACUUGUCCUCCAAGCAAACGGCCAAGACCCAGAAAUAUUUGAAAUACCUCCAGAAAUUGUCCUUGAAGUGCCAAUGGAGCAUCCAAAGUAUGAGUGGUUCAAGGACCUGGAUCUGAGGUGGUAUGCGCUGCCUGCCGUGUCCAACAUGCUGCUGGAGGCGGGGGGCCUGGAGUUCACCGCGUGUCCCUUCAACGGCUGGUACAUGGGCACAGAGAUAGGAGUGCGAGACUUCUGUGACGUGCAGCGCUACAACAUCCUGAAGGAGGUAGGGAGGAGAAUGGGACUGGAAACAAACAAACUGUCAUCGUUAUGGAAGGACCGGGCUGUUGUAGAGAUCAAUGUGGCUGUGCUUCACAGCUUCCAGAAGCAGAAUGUGACUAUCCUGGAUCACCACUCGGCCUCCGAGUCCUUCCUGAAGUACAUGCAGAGCGAGUACCGCGCGCGGGGCGGCUGCCCGGCCGACUGGGUGUGGAUCGUGCCUCCCAUCUCAGGCAGCAUAACGCCCGUGUUCCACCAGGAGAUGCUGAACUAUGUCCUCACCCCCUUCUAUUACUACCAGGUGGAUGCAUGGAAAACACAUGUGUGGCGUGAUGAGAGCCGGAGGCCAAAGAAAAAAGAAAUAAAGUUUAGCAUGCUGGCAAAGGCUGUACUCUUUGCAUCCUCACUCAUGCGACAAGCAAUGGCCACCAGGGCCAAGGUCACUGUAAUCUUUGCAACAGAGACGGGGAAAUCAGAAACGCUCGCCAACACCCUGUGCAGCCUCUUCAACUGUGCCUUCAACACCAGGAUUCUGUGCAUGGAUGAGUACAAUAUUUGUGACCUGGAAAAAGAAACACUUCUUUUAGUGGUUACAAGCACUUUUGGAAAUGGAGAUUCUCCAGGUAACGGAAAGACCUUGAAGAACUCCUUGUUCACACUGAAACUGCUGAGAAAAAAAAUUAGGUAUGCUGUGUUUGGUUUGGGGUCCAGCAUGUAUCCAGAGUUCUGUGCCUUUGCUCAUGCCAUUGACCAAAAACUGGCCCAGCUCGGGGCUUCCCAGCUCACUCCAGUCGGUGAAGGGGAUGAACUCAAUGGGCAAGAAGAAGCCUUUCGCACCUGGGCAGUCAGUGCUUUCAAGGCUGCCUGUGACAUUUUUAACAUCCGUGGAGGACACAGUAUUCAAUUGCCUGAGAUCUACACCUCUGAGGAAAGCUGGGAUCCUACCAGUUACAGGAUAGUGUAUGACUCUCAGCCCAUGGACCUGGCUAAAGCUCUUGCAAGCAUUCAUGCCAAGGAUAUAAUUCCCAUGAAGCUGAAAUUCAGGCAGAAUCUUCAAAGUUUAAAGUCCAGUCGUGUUACCAUUCUGGUUAAACUCUCCUGUGAGGCUAAUCAGGAAGUGCACUACCUGCCUGGAGAACACAUCGGGAUUUUCCCAGGCAACCAGCCAGAACUAGUCCAUGGCAUCAUUGCACGUGUCCACGAUGCCCCCCCAGCUGAUCAGACCAUCAGGCUUGAAACCUGCACUGAUGGUGGCUACUGGACCAGUGACAGAAAGAUUCCAGCCUGCACACUCCCUGAGGCUUUGACGUACUUGCUUGAUAUCACUACUCCACCCUCCCAACAACUGCUAAAGAAACUCUCCCAGCUGGUGACAGCAGAAGGAGACAGACAGAGGCUGGAAGUGUUGUGUCAGAGCACAGAAGAAUACAAUAAAUGGAAGUUUUACAACAGCCCAAACAUCUUGGAGGUCCUGGAGGAGUUUCCCUCUGCUGAGGUCUCCACAACCUUCUUGCUGACUCAGCUGCCAUUUCUGAAGCCCAGGUACUAUUCUGUCAGCUCCUCCUGUGACAUGACAGCCAGAGAGAUUCAUCUGACAGUUGCAGUUGUAAACUACAGGACAAGAGAUGGAGAGGGGCCUUUGCACCAUGGAGUCUGCAGCACAUGGCUGAAUACAAUAGCUCUUGAUGAACCAGUUCUGUGCUUCAUACGCAGUGCUAAUGAAUUCCAUCUCCCAGAGGAGCCAGCCCAGCCCUGCCUCCUGAUCGGCUCGGGAACAGGGAUUGCUCCCUUCCGGAGCUUCUGGCUGCAGCGUCUCUAUGACCUGGAGCAGAGAGGGAUCAAAGGAGGGGACAUGACGUUGCUGUUCGGCUGCCGGCAGCCAGACCUGGAUCACCUCUACAGAGAGGAAACUGAGGAAAUGAAGAGGAAGGGAGUCCUGAAAGAGAUCUACACAGCUUACUCCAGACUGCCUGGCCAAGCUAAAGUCUACGUUCAGGAUGUCCUGCAGAGGCAGCUGGAGGCCGUGGUGUGUGAGGUGCUGCGGGGCCAGGGCCACGUGUACGUGUGCGGGGACGUGCGCAUGGCCGGGGACGUGGCGCGGGCCCUGCGCGCCCUCAUCGCCAGGGCCCUGCGGCUCAGCCAGCAGCAGGCACAGGAGUACUUCUUCCAGCUCAAGAGCCAAAAGCGAUACCAUGAAGAUAUAUUUGGGGCUGUAUUCCCACAUGAAGUCAAAAGAGCUUUAAAACCCACCAGUUAAAGAAAAAAUCCACUUCUAUUUUAGACAAUACUUGCACAUUUGUUGUUACUUUCAAAAAACAUGGAGUCAAAUCCUUUUUCAUAUACAUGUUCAAUAGUGCACAUAUAUAGGAUUGUAGGAUUUGACUCUUAAACCUCAGCCUUAAUUAAGAAAAGCACUAAAUUUAACUUUUGUUGCUAUUUAUUCUGACACUCUUUUAAUAGUUAUCUUAAUAGUGAAAAUACAAAUUAUUUUUAAUAUUGUCUAUGCUAGUAUAAAUCUGGUAUUUUUUGUAAAUAAAAGGAAAAUGUAGAGUUUUGUACUAUGUUAACUAGAGCUGAAACCUUUUUUUGAAAUGUACCGUUUAUCUUUGUGACUUUAUUUAUAUCAGAUUGGUUUACUUGCAUAUUAUCUUCACUUGGAAGCAAGUGAAUGGAUGGUUGUGUUACUGGGAGUUGUCUGGCCACAGGCCUUGCUGGAUCUGGAGCAACAUUUGCAAAUGAGAUAAUGAUGUGCUGGUCCCAGGUGGAAACACCUGCAUCUACUUCAGAUGUAUCUGUUGAGCAGGUAGUAGUGUUGAAUUGUGCUUUGUGUGAUUCAGGUACAUGAACCUGAGUUGUUGUUACACAGCCUGUGGCAGGAAGGUUCUGAAAAUUCCAAAGCACUUUCUUACAUUUGAGUAUGCUCUGGUUUACUUGAUUUGUUUGUAAUAAAAGUUGCCUUUAUACCGAGA